CGGCCACCCUCCCACUGCAGGUUCCUGGAGAGUGACUACACGGUGACAGUGCAUCUCAACGAUUACCUGGAUAUUAUCUGCCCCCACUAUGAGGAGGGGAGUGUGGACCCCCGCUCCAUGGAGCGCUACACGCUCUACCUGGUGGAUCCCGAGGAGUUCGGGGCCUGCAAGCCCCGCUCCAAGGAGCAGAUCCGCUGGGAAUGCAACAAACCCAGUGCCCUGCACGGCCCCGAGAAGUUCUCGGAGAAGUUCCAGCGCUUCACCCCCUUCACGCUGGGCAAGGAGUUCAAGGAAGGGCACAGCUACUACUACAUCUCCAAGCCCAUUCACCACCAUGGCGAAGCGUGCCUGAGGCUGAAGGUGAUGGUGGUGAGCAAAGACACUCAGGCACCGCCUGCUGCAGCCGCUACCCCAAGGGGCAGGAUCCAGGCAGAUGAUGCGGCCGCUCACGUGCUGAGGAGUGUGGGGCAGAACUCGGCGAUGCGGGGCAGCAGCCCCUUCACCUUCAUCAGCCUCCUCCUGCCCCUCCUGGUGCCACAGGGGCUGUGAGCCCAGUCCCCCCCCCCCAGGGCCCGGACGGACCAAAGCUGCGGCCACUGGGGAUGGAGCCAGGAUGUUGGGGACCCCCGUGUCCUCGGGCGUGCCGUGGGGUGGCCAGAGGAAAGGAUUUGUCAGUAUUACGGGGCUGGAGAGCCUGAAGCCGAGCUGAGUAGCCCAAGCCCUGGGGCCACCCUGGCUCCCCCGGCCCUUGCUGGAGACUGAGUGCCACCAAGGGGCUGCGUGCCUGGACUGGAGGGGUGCGGGGGGCUGGCACCCCUGCCCCAGGAGCUGAGCCCAUGGAGGGCCCUCGAGUGUCACUCUCUGCUGUGGGCUCAGACUGUGACGUGUCCCGCAGGCGGGGAUGCGGUGCUGGCCCUGUGGCCGGCCAGGUGCCACCAAGUGCCCUGGGGCUGUUGUCCCUUGUGGGUUCUGGGAGCCUGGACGUGCUCCAUUUUGCCUGGCAGCUACAGAGCAGGGGCAUGGAACCCCCCCACCUUCCCCAUCCCUCAUCCUACCGCACAGGGGGGCAGAGAGAGAUGGACCCCCCCUUCCCUCUGGGGUGCCAGAGGGUCCCCCCCUGCGUGGGGCACUUUGCCCUCCCCUUCCCUCCCCUCAUUUGUACAGCUUUGUACCACGGGAGUUUUUAUACAAUUGUCUUGAAUAAAUAACCAAGACCAA